AUGAAACCGUCCUGCCUUCCGUGUAAAAGGAGACACGUAAAAUGUGAUCAGCGGCGCCCGAUCUGCACGCGAUGCGCAAAAGCCAAGACGAAAAUCAAGUGCUCCUAUCCUGUCAAGUUCCGCCAAAGCGGGCUCUCGAUCGGUGACCCCAGUCACGGCCUUCUAUUGCGGUUUGUGAACGAAUCGCCAGGUCGAAACUCGGACACGCUGCCUGACCGGUCCCCAUCAACCAACACUCCUCCCGGUCGUCAUCUAUCGCACCUCGAUACCUCCGGCGAGAGGUCAAUGUCCCCGAGUGAUCCGCCUGCUCCUCCUGUUAACUCGCAGAAUUCCCAGUCCGAUUGUAACGUACCACCACCUGUCUCUGAAACUCUACUUCCUAGGCCCUUACAAUGCCAGCCGCUCUCACCUUGCUCUCAUGAAGAGUCACCAGCGGAGCCACAAAGGUCCGAUAUCUCUGCAGACAAGCAACCCUCAACACCCCUAGCUGCGCCGCUGUCAGCUGCUGCUAAUUCUCAGCGAAUCCGUAUCACUUCAAGUGAACAUGAUCUUUUCCAAUUCUACCUGGAGCAUGCCGGCGUGUGGCUUGAUAUUGUCUCAUCCGAUCGGUCCUUUUCGCAGACAGUACCAAGUUUAGCACUGCACAAACCAGCUCUCUACUAUGCGUGUCUAGCCUACGCGGCACACGUCUUAUCACUGUGGGGAUCCUGUGACCGAGCGAGAGCGGACUACUUGCACAACGAGGUUAUAACUCGACUCAUUCCCAAGUUGGAUUUAAACUCUCAGUUGCUCCCCGAAGACGAUCUAUUGGCAACAAUUGUUAUUCUGCGUAUGUCAGAACAAUACUCCGAGCCCGAACAAGACACGCAAUGCCACCUUAACGGCGCCUACUCGCUUUUGACAAGCACGAAAUUCAAAUGGUCUCCAGGCGACAUCGACCUGAAGGGGACGGUAUUUUGGACCUUCGUCCGACAGACAUUGCGACUUUGCUUUCUCUCCGAGCAGGAAUGUGGAUUUGACUUGAGCAUUGUGAACAGCAACAACAUGACUUCUCCGGCUCCGGAGCAGGUGUGGACAAACCGGAUGACUUAUCUGUCGGCGCAGGUCUGCAACGCAUGCUGGUGGUCUCCCUUACUUGACGAUGCAUCACGCGACUGUCUCUUAGAUGCGGUAGAGAAGGGUGUUGACUCUUGGCGUGAUUCCGUCCCAGAGACGUUCAAACCGUGGUACUACCAUCAAUCACUUUCUGAUUCGUUUCCAACAAUCCGCUACUUGAGUUCAUGGCACGGCAAGUCGAUAUAUCGCCCAUAUUUCAAAUCUAACUCCCUGCUGACUGCCACAACUGCGCAGUGA